AUGAGUCGUCGAAUCAUUUUCAGUAGCUGUCAUUUGGUGGAGCGAAAAAAUGACAACUUUACAACUCUUCGGCGGCUGUCAUCCGACAAAGAGGAGCUAGAUGGAGGUGGGGCACAUGUCAGGGAGCUUCAUCCUCAAGUCCCCACAACAAGAGUAAGCUCUUCAUCACAUUCGGUACGCUUUCAAGAGGUGGUGACUCAUCUCCUGGCGGAUCGUCCUCUUCCCGACGAUGGCUUGUUCAUCGAUCUAUCAGAGAUGAUUUACUCGAUAGAUUUGUGAUCCUUUUAUCGUGAAUCGUUCAAAAAUUUUAGUAACAAUACUUUACAAAUUGCGUUGAUGAGAUUUUUGCCGAUGAUUUAUCAAUUUUGGCGGCUUAAUCCUUCAUCGGCGAUUUGUACGAAAGUCAUGAUAAUCAGGUAAAAAUACAUGUUUUGGCUGUAGGAGGAUUCAAACUCGCGUUGGUUGCUCGAUUGCAUGUGAGAGAUUGAAAUAAAUACUCUAAUGCCCUUAUCAAGUGACAUCAUCAUGAUAUAUUUCUAUUAUAACGAAGAGGUAAUUUAGGUAUUAAAAUCUUCGAAGCCUUUUAAGAAAAGGUGUGACAUAGGUUUAGUCCCACAUCAGUUGUGCGCUGAAGUUUUGGGUGAAUAUAUAGUAAUAUCACAUUUGCAAAUAAUGAGUCUCUUUUUCUCACGUGUAAGACCACUCCUUGCCCCACAAUCGGCUGGCCACUAGUGACGUGGAAGGGGAGUGGCACACACGUGCCCUCAUCGGUCCUAGCCACUCGAGCCCCUACUCACGGCUCCCCCCAACUGUGCUUCUGACUUGCUUGUGAGCCUGACUAGUUGGCGGGUCCCCCCCUUUUAUUAUAUUUUUAUUUUAAUUUCUUUUUCUUUAUUUAUCUAAAAAAUAGGACUAUAAAAAUCAUAUAAAUUCUUAGAAAAUCACAUAAUUAGCCAAAAAUUCAUGUUAAUCAAUUCAAAACCACUUUUCACAAUUUAACACAAAUAUAAGUCUAUUUAUCAUGAGUUAAGGCUAAAAUUAUAUUAUUUACUAAUUAUUAACUCAUGAUAAUGAAGACUUAUCACACCCCCCAACUUAAAUCAUUGCUAGUCCUUUAGCAAUGGAAUUACAAAAAUAAAAAUUCACAAAUCUCAAACAUCAUAUUUCAAUGUAUAAAAAAAAUAUAAUUAGAAAUGAUGCACCUUUAGACACUUUAGACACUUUAGAUUCUUAUAUCAAAUAUUUAAGAAUGAUGUCAAGCACUUGAAUGUUUAAGCAGUCCUUGGAAUAACAAUCUAGACUUCACUUCUUCUAUUCACAUCUUUAUCACUUCUUCACUCAUAGAUAUAUUUACAAGAUGUUUUAAUUAUCAAUACUCAUUUAAGAAUAAUAUUGAUCCUAUAUUUUACUCUUUCCAUGGCUUGAUUUUUGAAGUUUGUAUUAUAUUUCUUUUUUUUAUUUUUAUAUAAUGAAUAAGUAGCUUUUCUUGUAGACAAAUUUCGACAAUAAGAAUGAUGUCUCACACCCUCCAUAUGUACUCUUCAUUUUCAGGGCUUUCAUUUUAUCUACUUAUUUUGCAGCAAGUAUUUUUCUAUGCACGAUUUUUGACAAUGAGAAUGAUGUCUCACACCCUCCAUGUGUACUCUUCAUUUCUAGAUUUUUCACAUUACUUUCUUCUUUUUUUUCAAAAUAAGUGAUUUCUCUUCACAAAUCUUAUAGAUCAAGAUGCAAAAAUCUUCAUUAAACUCAAAUGAUCAAUCAAAUUUUCACAUCAAGUAAAUACUAUCCAUCAAGAUCAUGAAGUGAAAAUCUGUAAAAUCAAAUCCAUAUUAUUUAUCAUGUACUCAAGGAGUAUUCUAAUAUUUCAUGCUACUAAAUCAUUCUUUUGACUGAAUAAUAAUCUUCCUAGUAUCUUUUGGUAUCAAUCAAUCUAAUUGAUUUAAUUUUUCGUGCAUGCAAUAUGAUGUAAGAAAUUUGUAAAUUAGAUAGUUCUAAUAGUUCUGCUUUUUGUUUUUAGUUCUGUUUUUAGCAACAAUAAGUUUGUCAAUAAUAAAUCAAAACUAUCUUCUUUAUAGCUGUAAUUUCUAAUUUCAGCAAUAUAUGUUUAGGGGAUUAAAAUGUGAGAAAAGGGUCUCUAGAAUUUCAAAUUUCGGGCUGUUUUUUCUUUGCUGUUUUUGAUAGUCUGUUGUUCUUGACAAAAAACUAGAAAGUAGAUGCUGUAAUUUUUUUGAAUUUUUUUUUUAGUUACUGUUCUAAGUGAGCAUGAAAAAAAAAUGCAAACACAUGUUCUUAAUCAUCCUACAGCGUAAAUUAAGAAUUAAUAUUUUACCCCUCAACUUAAAAAUGACAUUGUCCUCAAUGACAUAGAAAAAUCGAAACAGAAUAUGUAGAAAAUAUAAUUUUCAAGUGAAGUAUGCAUAUAUGCAAAGUUAAGCACUAAAAAUAUUGUCAUAAAUGAUAAAGCUCAGAAAGACAUCACCUCAACUUCGUUUUUAAUUUUUCACUUCAUCUUACACUCCUGCUCUUAUACUUUUUGGACAAAAAAAUAAAUACAGAAAGAAGUAAUAUGAAAUUUUAAGAAAAAUAGAGCUUAAAAAAAAACAAAAUGAAAUAAAGACCAUGGGUUGCCUCCCAUGCAGCGUUGAAUUUAAUGUCUCCAGCUAGACACAUUAAUCUUACUCUUGAAUUUAUUUUAAUAAUAAAAUUUCAUUUUCUACAAGGUGUUCAUGUUCUAUAUAAUGUUUAAGCCAUUGUCCAUUUACCUUAAAGUUAGGAUCACUUUUAGGAUCUUUAAUCAUUACAGCCCCAUGAUUAUAUGUCUCUUCCACCACAUAAGGCCUUGUCCAUUUUGAUUUUAAUUUUCUUGGGAAUAAUUUUAGCGUAGAAUCAUAUAACCACACUUUUUGUGCAACAUCAAAUCUUUUUCUACUAAUGUAUUUAUCAUGAAAAGGUUUAGUUUUUUCUUUAUAUAUUCUAUGAUUUUCAUAAGCUUCAUUCCUCAAUUCCUCUAGUUCAUGUAAUUGAAAAAUUCUAUGCCCACCAAUUGAUUCUUCAUCCAUACAUAAAUUUUUUAUAGCCCAUAAUGCUUUAUGCUCUAUUUCCACAAGAAGAUGACAUGACUUUCCAAAAAUGAGACGAAAUGGAGACAUACCUAUGAGAUUUUUAUAAGUUGUUCUAUAAGCUUACAAUGCAUCUUGUAAUUUCGUGGGUCAAUCUUUUCUAUCUAGUCUAACUAUUUUUCCUAAAAUUCUCUAAAUUUCCCUAUUUGCUACUUCAGCUGGCCCAUUUGUUUGGGGAUGGUAUGGAGUGGCUACUCUAUGGUGUACUCCAUUCUUUUCAACAGUUCUCUGAAAUUUAUAAAAUGUGUUCCUCCAUCACUAAUAAUCACUCUAGGACAUCUAAAUCUUGAAAAAAUAUUUUCCUACAAAAAUUUCAUCACGAUUUUAUGAUCAUUAGUUCUAGUAGAAAUAGGUUCCACCCACUUAGAUACAUAAUUAACGACAAGUAAAAUAUAUUCAUAUUUUUCACUUGAUGGGAAGGGACCAAUGAAAUCUAUUUCCCAUACAUCAAAAAUUUCAACGACUAACAUGUUACUCAUGGGCAUUUUAUCUUUUUUACUCAUGUUACCUAUAGAUUGGCAUGAAAUACAUAUUAUACUAAAUUUUAUAGAAUCUCUAAUGAUUGUAGGCCAAUAAAAACCACACUGAAAAUUUUUUGUAGUUAUUUUUCGUAUAGAGAAAUGUCCUCCACAGUUAGAUGAAUGGCAUAUGUUAAAAAUGCUAUGAUAUUCUUCUUCAAGAACACAUCUCCUUAAAAUUUGAUCAUUGGCCAAAUAAUAUAAAUCAAGAUUAUGCCAAAAAUAAUUUCUAAUCUUAAAAAAGAAAUGAUGUUUUAUAUUCUUAUCCCACUGUUUUGUAAUUUUUUCAGAAACAAGAAAAUUAACAAUAUGUGCAUACCAUGGUGAUGGUUGAUGUUGAGCUGUCAUCAAUUGUUCAUCUAGAAAUAAAUCUUGUAAAGGUGAUACAUUUAUUCCUAUAUCACUCAAUCUAGAAUGAUGGUUAGUGACGUGACUCAGUCGUUGAAUAUUAAAUCACGCAAAUAUAAAAUUUAUAAAACUAGAAAAUACGAAUUUUCGGAUAUUUAGAAGUAUUUCUAAAUAAAUAUAUCAAUUAUGAUUCAAUAAAACUUCCAAAAAUAGCGGUAAUUUUCCAGGUCGAUCACAGGGAUGUAAUAUAAUAUCUGGUAAUUAUUCAGAAUUUUUCUCAAUGAAUACGAUUUUCUAUAAAUUUUAUACUAGGAAAUAAGAAGGAAAUAUAUUUAAAAUUCACGAAAAAGGGAAAUAAGGGCGCGGGCAUUAGGAUGAUGUCAGCGCCCGGCGAACGCGAAUCGGGCGGAAACAGAGUUCCGCCCGGCGAUUCUUACGUAAGCGAUUAUAGACGAUUUAAUUAAUCAAAUUAAGAUCUGUAAAAGCCGGAAGAAUCGUAAUAGAACAAAGUAUAUUUUGGUAAAUUAAAAUUACAAAGAAAUAUCACUAAAUGAAGUGUAAAGUAAGUUUAAAGCAGGAAAACAGAGUUCCGGCGUCGCGACGGCGAUGCGUCGGCGAUGCACCGGAAUCCUGAGCGUUCGGAAGGAUCGUCGUGCAGUGUCCACGGCCUCGAAGGCUCUCCUUGGACAAAGACGACGUGGGCAAUCUCUAGAUCUUCUCGCGAAGUCUAGAGAUCAAUGAAGUGGGUCGUCGAGUCGUCUCCGGCGGCUGUCACUCGGUGGAGCGGAAAAACGACGACUUUGCGGCUCUCCGGCGGCUGUCACCCGACGGAGAGGAGCUGGAUGGAGGUGGGGCGCAUGUCAGGGAGCUUCAUCCUCAGGUCCGUGCAGCAAGAGGAGGCUCUUCAUCACAUCUGGUACGCUCUCAGGAGGUGGCGACUCGUCUCCCGGCGGAUCGUCCUCUUCCCGACGACGGCUUGUUCGUCGAUCAAUCGGAGAUGAUUUACUUGAUGGAUUCGCAAUCCUUUUAUCGCGAAUCGUUCAGAAAUUUUAGUAGCAAUGCUCCGCGAAUCGCGUUGACGAGAUUUUCGCCGAUGAUCCAGCGAUUCUGGUUGCUUAAUCCUUCACUAGCGAUCUGCAGGAAAGUCACGAUAAUCAGAUAAAAAUAUAUGAAUUUUGACUCUAGGAGGAUUUGAACCCGCGCCGGUUGUCCGCCCCCCCUUCUGAGGAAGGUGUGACGCGGGUUUAGUCCCACAUCGGUUGUGCGCCGAUUUUUCAGGCGAAUAUAUAGUAAUGUUAGCUUUUUAGGCAAAGUCCCUUCUCUCGCGUGUACGACCACUCCUUGCCCCAUAGCCGGCUGGCCACCGGUGACGUGGAAGGGGAGUGGCGCACACGUGCCCCUAUCGGUCCAAGCUUAAGCCGCUCGAGCCCCUGCUCGCGGCUACGCCUGACUGCGCUUCCGACCCACUUGCGGGCCCGGCUGGCCGGCGGGUCCCCCCAUUUUGCAAUAUUUUUAUUUCUUUUUCUUCAUUUAUCUCAAAAGUAAGAUUGUAAAAAUCAGAUAAAUUCGUAUAAAAUCACAUAAUUACCCAAAAAUUCACGUUAAUCAACUGAAAACCACUUUUCACACUUUAACACAAAUAUAAGUCUAUUUAUCACGAGUUAAGGCUAAAACUAUAUUAUUUACUAAUUAUUAACUCAUGAUAAUGAAGACUUAUCACACCCCCCAACUUAAAUCAUUGCUAGUCCCUUAGCAAUGGAAUUACGAAAAUAAAAAUUUACAAAUUUCAAACAUCAUAUUUCAAUACAAAAAAAAUAAAAAUACAAUUAGAAAUGAUGCACCUUUAGACACUUUGGACUCUUAUAUCAAGUCUUUAAGAAUAAUGUCAAGCACUUAAAUGUUUAAACACUCCUUGGAAUAACAAUCUAGACUUCACUUCUUCUAUUCACAUCUUUAUCACUUCUUCACUCAUAGAUAUAUUUACAAGAUGUUUCAAUUAUCAAUACUCAUCCAAGAAUAAUAUUGAUCCUACAUUUCCCUUUUUCUAUGGCUUGAUUUUUGAAGUUUGCACUAUAUUUCUUCUUUCUUUAUAUAUAGUGGAUAAGUAGCUUUUCCUGUAGAUAAAUUUCGACAAUAAGAAUGAUGUCUCACACCCUCCAUGUGUACUCUUCAUUUUCAGGGCUUUCACUUUAUCCACUUAUUUUGCAGCAAGUGUUUUUCUAUACACGAUUUUCGACAAUGAGAAUGAUGUCUCACACCCUCUAUGUGUACUCUUCGUUUCUAGAUUUUUCACAUUGCUCUCUCUCUUUUUUUUUCGAAAUAAGUGAUUUCUCCUCACAAGUCUUAUAGAUCAGGGUGCAAAAAUCUCCAUUAAACUCAAAUGAUCAAUCAAAUUUUCACAUCAAGUAAAUAUUAUCCAUCAAGAUCAUGAAGUGAAAAUCUGUAAAAUCAAAUCCAUGUUAUCUAUCAUGUAUCCAAGGAGUAUUCCAACAUUUCAUGCUACUAGAUCAUUCUUUUGACUCAAUAAUAAUCUUCCUAGUAUCUUUUGGUAUCAAUCAAUCUAAUUGAUUUAAUUUUUCAUGCAUGCAAUAUGAUGUAAGAGAUUUGUAAAUUAGAUAGUUCUGACAGUUCUGUUUUCUGUUUUCAGUUCUAUUUUUAGCAGCAAUAAAUUUGUCAAAAAUAAAUCAAAACUAUCCUCUUUAUAGCUGUAAUUUCGAAUUUUAGUAAUAUAUAUCUAGGGAAUUGAAAUGUGAGAAAAGGGUCUUCUAGAAUUUCAAAUUUCGGGCUGUUUUUUGUCUGCUGUUUUUGACAGUCUGUUGUUCCUGACAGAAAACCAGAAAAUAGAUGUUGCAAUUUUUCUGAAUUCGGCGAUCUUUUUUUUUAUUUUUUUAGUUGCUGUUCUAAGUUGAAUAAAAUGCAAACACAUGUUCUUAAUCAUCCUACAGCAUAAAUUAACAAUGAAUACUUCACCCCCCAACUUAAAAAUGACAUUGUCCUCAAUGACACAGAAAAAUCGAAACAGAAUAUGCAGAAAAUAUAAUUUUCAAGUGAAGCAUGCAUAUAUGCAAAGUUUAGCAUUAAAAAUGUUGUCAUAAAUGAUAAAGCUCCGAAAGACAUCACCUCAACCUCGUUUUUAAUUUUCACUUCGUCUUACAUGCCUCCUCCUGCACUUUUUCGAAAAAAUAAAUAUAGAAACAAGUACUGCGAAAUUCUAAGAAAAACAGAGCUAAAAAAAAAAAAUUAAACAAAAUGAAAUAAAAACCAUGGGUUGCCUCCCAUGCAGCGCUGAAUUUAAUCUCUUCAGCUGGACAGCUCUUAGAUCAUAUAAGAUGAUCUAUGGCCAUCAAAAUAUAUUUGUAUCCCAAGGUAAGUUUCAUGAUAUUCUUUUUCAGAUUUAGCAUAAAUUCAUAUACUUCAUAUAUAUACCUUGACAUACUUUCAGCCAAAACAAGAUGGAAAUUAACAAAAUUUUCCCAAAAAUAAUAUUUCCAUUUUGAAAAGAAUCUUUCCUCAUUUCUAUCUUGUUUUGUAAGGCUCUCAUUCAUUAAUAAAUACUUCCUAUUAAUAGACCAUAAAAUGUGAUCAGGCCAUAUAAUUUUCGAAUUAGCUCUUACCCAAUCUAAAUUUUUUUCAUCUAAAUUGAUAUCUCUAAUUCUUCCACUCACCCAUUUCUUAAUGUCUUCUUUUAUCUGCAUAAUCUUCCCCUGCUCCAUUUUAUCUUCCAUACAUAUUUGUUCAAUUUAUGAGGAGUGAAAUAUUUCAAGCUUAGAAGUAAUUCUAAUGGGCUGUGGGUUUUGAAGGAUGGAAGGGUUGUCUUCUUUAAUCCCAGAUCUAAUGAAUUCAGUAAAAUUCAAAUUUUCUCCUCCAAAAUUAUCUCUAUAUUCAUAUUCAUUAUUUUCGUUUCUCCCCAUUAGUUGAAUCAACUCUUUUUCUAGCUUUUCGUUUCUCAACUCAUCAAAUUCUUCAUCUUCCCAAGAGCUAUCUUUUAAUUUCGGUAUAUGAUAUACAUCAUCCUCCUCACUAUCAACAUCCAUGGCUGCAAAAUUAUGAUUAGAUUUAUUAAUUUCGUCUCCUACAUCAACUGAUUUUUUCUCACCUGAAAUAUGUUUUUCUUCAUUUGUGUCCAUACUCCCUUCUACUAAAAUUUGGAUGAUUUUUCCAUGAUCAGCUGCUGUUUCUUCAUCUAAGGGCUCUUUCUCCUCAUCAUCCUCACUAUAUUCAUUCAUCAAUUGCGAGCAAUAAAUUAUUUUAUUUAAAUUUUCUGCUACUAUAUUUUCAGCAUUAAUAUUCUCAUUUACUUCUAAUGGCUCAUCGAUUUCUUCUAAUAAUUAGAAAUAAGGAUCAGGUAAAAUAUUCUCACUCAAUGUAUUCACUAACUUAACAUUUUCAUUUCGUGGGUUUUUUUCUAAAUUUAUCCAGCUAGACUCUCCUUGCUGAAAUCUUACUGUUGGACAGUUUCCUGAAUUUUCUAUGGGCGGGCGGACUAGGUGGCUGUCCCUCUUCUCUCUUAUUCCCAAGAGCCUCUAUAAUUUGUUUCUGGUGCAGCAUCAUUUGGUUCAUAGUUUGUUACAUCAUUUGGCUCAUUUGCUGCAUCAUUUCUAUAGUAUCAUGUUGGGUUUGAGAGGGCUGAUUUUUCUAAAAUCUGUUUUCUUGUUCUGGACGAAAUUCAGAGUUUGAAUUGGAUCUAAGUGCUUCUAGAUUUUGAAUAUUAUUUGGGUUUCGCCAUGAAAAAUUAUUCUCCCAAUUAGGAUUAUAAGAAUUAGAAAAAUAUUCCCUAUUUUUACUAAAAUCGUGAGGUACCUGUACUUGUUUUUGCCUAGGAUGAUAUUGAAAUUCGAAAUGAUCAUUUUCACCAUACAUAGGAUCUGUACUAUUUGAAUUAAAUUGAGGGUUAAGAGGCUUUCUAAUAUUGUCAAUAAGUAAAUCAAGUUUUUCUAAUCUUUGAUUAAUCUGAUUAACCUCAUUUCUAAGUUUAGAUUCAUUAUCAUGAUGCAAUUCAUGAAUUCCUCUCUUCUUAUCCCUGUCAUAUAAUUCAAAAGAGGCUUGAUCUCUAGAAUUUUCACUUAAAUUCUCAUAAAGACUGUAAAUCUCAUUAGGGGUUUUCUCCAUAAAAGCUCCUCCACAUAUAGAAUCAACCAUAUUUCUAUAUUGUUCUAAUAAUCCAUCAUAAAAAAUUCUAUUGAGCUGCCACUUGGGUAUAGCAUGCUGAGGACACUUUCUAAGUAAAUCUUUGAAUGUUUCCCAUGUCUUAUGUAAAGUUUCUCCUGGUCUUUGAGAAAAAUUCCAUAUAUGUUUUCUCAUAUUUUGAGUUUUUCCUAAGGGAUAAAAUUUUCGAAGAAAGGCCUGUUCUAUGUCUUUCCAGCUAGUUAAUUCUCUAUCUAAUGUGGAUAGCCAAUGGCUAGCUUUGUCCCAAAGUGUAUGAGGGAACAAUUUCAUCUUAAUAAUUUCCGGUGUAACUUGAGGGAGAUUAACUAAAUCACAGACCAUAUGAAAUUUUUCUAAGUGCUGAUGAGGUUCCUCUAAAGGCAAUCCAUGAAAAUUAGGGAGCAUUUGAAAAAUUCCUGGAUUUAUUUCGAAUUUAACAUUGGGUGCUAAUGGGACUCUAAUAUUGGAUGCUCUUUGAAAUGAAUCAGGGAUAUAAUAAUUUUUCAUGGCCAUAAGAUUUUUCUCAGUUUGACCUGUACUUUCUUCAAGAUCUAUCAAAAUUAAUUUUUCUUUCGGAUUUUUAGUUUUGAAUGAAAUAAUGAAAGGAUUUUCUAGCCUUGGAUGCAAGGAUCUUCUACCAUGCAUAAAAAUCAAUAAAUUCGAGGGAAAAAUUUAGUAAUUGUUACCCUCCUUCAGGAUGCUCUAGUCCUUGCCUUGCUUCUUUUCGUUCCCUAAAAAAAAUCGGCAAAAAGAAAAUAAAACAAGAGUUAAAUUUUUUUUGUGUACUCUAAGAGAAAAACAGAAAAAUACUAAAUAUUAUGCAAUACAUCCCCGGCAAUGGCGCCAAAAUUUGACGUGACUCAGUCGUUGUAUAUUAAAUCACGCAAAUAUAAAAUUUAUAAAACUAGAAAAUACGAAUUUUUGGAUAUUUAGAAGUAUUUUUAAAUAAAUAUAUCAAUUAUAAUUCAAUAAAAAUUCCAAAAAUAGCGGUAAUUUUCCAGGUCGAUCACAGGGAUGUAAUAUAAUAUCUGGUAAUUAUUCAGAAAUUUUCUCAAUGAAUACGAUUUUCUAUGAAUUUUAUACUAGGAAAUAAGAAGGAAAUAUAUUUAAAAUUCACGAAAAAAAAGGAAAUAAGGACGCGGACGUCAAGAUGACGUCAGCGCCCGGCGAACGCGAAUCGGGCGGAAACAGAGUUCCGCUCGGCAAUUCUUGUGUAAGCGAUUACAAAUGAUUUAAUUAAUCAAAUUAAGAUCUGUAAAAGCCGAAAGAAUCGUAAUUGAACAAAGUAUAUUUUGGUAACUUAAAAACACAAAAAUUAUCACUAAAUGAAGCGUAACGUAAAUUGAAAGCAGGAAAAUAGAGUUCCGGCGUCGCGACGACGAUGCGUCGGCGAUGCACCGGAAUCUUGAGCGUUCGGGAGGAUCGUCGUGCAGUGUCCACGGCCUCGAAGGCUUUCCUUGGACAAAGACGACGUGGGCAAUCUCUAGAUCUUCUCGCGAAGUCUAGAGAUCAAUGAAGUGGGUCGUCGAAUCGUCUCCGGCGGCUGUCACCCGGCGGAGCGGAAAAAUGGCAACUUUGCGGCUCUCCGGCGACUGUCACCCGACGGAGAGGAGCUGGAUGGAGGUGGGGCGCGUGUCAGGGAGCUUCAUCCUCAGGUCCGCGCAGCAAGAGGAAGCUCUUCAUCGCAUCUGGUACGCUCUCAGGAGGUGGCGACUCGUCUCCCGGCGGAUCGUCCUCUUCCUGA